AUGGGAGCCCUCACCGUCCGGCCCGUGACGACCUGCGUCGCCAGGGCGCCGGCUAGGCACCACGCAGCACUGCGCACCGCCAACGCGGCGCGGCGGCCACUCUGCAAGCCCGUGCGGAGCAUCCCCAUCUCCGGCCCGCCCGGAAACUCCCAGGACGACAAGCCGGAGAUCCCCGAGGCGGUGCGCAAGGAGAGCGCCGCGCUGUGCGAGGCGAUGAAGGGGAAGAUCGGCGAGGCGCUGAAGACGGACCUGGUGUCCGUGCAGGACGUGUACGGCGACGCGCGGCACGUCAGCAUCGUCGUCGUGUCGCAGGAGUUCGAGGGACUGCGGUCGAUGCAGCGUCAGCGCAAAGUCUUCAAGGCGAUUUGGGAGGAGCUGCAGGAGCGCGUGCACGCCGUGGACGACAUGAUGUGCAAGACGCCCGCGGAGGCCGCGGAGGCGACCAAGUGA